GGGCGUGGCUUCGCGGACAAAACACUGAAGCGUGCGCUCACGCGGAGGUUUGAUUGACAGAUCACAGAGACGAAGGAUACGAUCCUCAGCGCAAUGUCAAGUCCAAAAAGAGUUUGCAUCGUCGGCUCUGGGAACUGGGGUUCUGCUAUUGCUAAAAUAGUUGGCACAAAUGCAAGGAAUAAUUCAAAGUUUGACUCCACGGUUAAUAUGUGGGUGUUUGAGGAGACGGUGAACGGACGUAAACUCACGGAGAUCAUAAACACAGACCACGAGAACGUCAAGUAUUUGCCUGGACACAAGCUUCCGGAGAAUGUUGUGGCGGUGCCAGAUCUGCUCGACGCCGCCAAGAACGCUGAUAUACUGCUCUUCGUGAUUCCACAUCAGUUCAUCGGCCGCGUCUGUGACACCAUGAAGGGCCGAAUCAAAGCGGACGCGCUGGGAAUGUCGCUCAUCAAGGGGGUGGACGAAGGCCCGGACGGGCUGAAGCUGAUCUCGGAGGUUAUUCGUGAGAAGCUGGGCAUCGAGAUGAGCGUCUUGAUGGGGGCGAAUAUCGCCAAUGAAGUGGCGGAUGAGAAGUUCUGUGAAACCACCAUUGGCUGCGGGGAUCAAGCUCAAGGGGCCUUGCUCAAGGAGCUCAUGCAGACGCAUCACUUCCGGGUCACCGUCGUACAGGAAGCAGACGUCGUCGAGAUUUGUGGCGCUCUGAAGAACAUAGUGGCCGUAGGAGCGGGUUUCUGUGACGGGUUGGGAUUCGGUGAUAAUACGAAGGCCGCGGUGAUCAGACUGGGCCUCAUGGAGAUGAUCAGCUUUGCCCGGUUGUUCUGCACCUCCGGAUCCGUCUCUCCUGCAACUUUCUUGGAGAGCUGUGGCGUCGCUGAUCUCAUUACUACAUGCUACGGGGGACGCAACCGGAAAGUUGCAGAGGCUUUCGCCAAGACUGGCAAGUCUCUUGAAGAGCUUGAGAAGGAAAUGUUGAAUGGUCAGAAGCUACAGGGUCCAGCCACGGCGGCUGAAGUUCACACCAUACUUCAAAACAAAGGUGUACUGGACAGAUUUCCUCUUUUCAACGCCGUGUACGGGAUCUGUUACGAGGGCCGGCCUGUUACCGAGUUCAUCCACUGCCUCCAGAAUCACCCAGAGCAUCAGUGAAAGGAGAACAAAGCUGCAAUAUGAGUGUUUGUGUGUCUGUGAGCCCUGCUGAACGGAAAGGCGCCGCUUCUGUUAGAAAAACCUCUUAAACACCAGCUUGACCUUCGUCAGACAGAAGCGUGUAUAGUGUUCUGAGCUGGUCUGUUCAGCGGUGUGUGUUACAUUAAGUGACCAAAGUCAGACGAGGACGCUCUCUCUCUCAGGUUUUGUCAUAGCUGCUGCUCAUUUUUAAUGAAUCCGUCCCGCAGCUGUGUACUUUCAGCCACUUUAUUCUGCAGAAAAGCCUCAAAUGUCAGACUUAGCGCUCCUCUUUAAGUGCCACUGAAGCGGUUGCCGUCCAUUCAGAGUGAAACGGUUCUCAAAGUCACACUGAAAUGAAUGUCCUCAAUGCGUAAAGUGAAAUAAAUGACUUAUAUGCGA